AUGGCCGCCUCCACCCUGUCUGUCUGCUCCAGCGACCUGAGCUAUGACUGUCCAGAGAGCUGCUGCGAGCCCCCCUGCUGUGCCCCCGGCUGCUGCGCCCCGGCCCCCCGCCUGACCCUUCUCUGUGCCCCAGUGAGCUGCGAAUCCAGCCCCUGCUGCCAGCCAGCCUGCAGCAGUUCCUGCCUGGCCUUGGGCUGCCAGCAGUCUAGCUGCCAGUCCUCCUGCUGCACCUCCUCUCCCUGCCCGCAGGUCUGCUGUGAGCCCGUCUGCUGUGAGCCUGUCUGCUGCAGGCCCGUCUGCUGCGAGCCCGUCUGCUGUGAGCCCGUCUGCUGCAGGCCCGUCUGCUGCACACCUCUCUGCUGCACUCCUGUCUGCUGCAGGCCCGUGUGCUGUGAGCCUGUCUGCUGCAGGCCCGUGUGCUGUGAGGCCUCCCCCUGCUCAGCCCCCUCCUCCUGCUGCAGACCCUCCUCCUCCGUGUCCCUCCUCUGCCGUCCUGUGUGCCGCCCCGCCUGCUGCGUCCCCGCCUCCUCCUGCCAGCCCAGCUGCUGCCGCCCGGCCUCCUCCGUGUCCCUCCUGUGCCGGCCCGCGUGCUCCCGCCCUGCUUGCUGCGUCCCUGCCUCAGAGCCCUGCUGCUAA